GGCUGUGGUGAGAGACGGACGGAGACCGGAGAUGUUUUCAAGCCCGGCCUCCGCGGCGUUCGUGGCGGUUGCAGCGGCGACGAAGACAACGACAGCGACGGCAACACCGAGGCACUCAUUCAGGGGGUAAACCCUCCUGCGCCGUUAGUGCCUUGGGUCCGUGAGGGUGAGGGGGGCGUGGCGACAGGCGAGGAGGAAGGAGGGGCGCGGUUUCGAGCCCCGUACCCGGCGCCUGGGAGGAGACCCCUCAGUUCUGCGCUGCUCCCGUCUCCCCUCAUCAGAGCAAGAUCCAGGAUGAGAAGACUGACAAAAGAAGAAGCUAGCUGAACAGCUAUAAGAUGCCCAAAUCUGGGUUCACAAAACCAGUUCAGAGUGAAAAUUCUGACAGUGACAGCAAUAUGGUAGAAAAACCAUAUGGAAGAAAGAGUAAAGACAAGAUUGCAUCAUACAGUAAAACUCCAAAAAUUGACCGAAGUGAUGUGGGCAAGGAGAUGAAAGAGAAAUCGUCCAUGAAACGUAAACUUCCUUUUACCAUUAGCCCAUCAAGAAAUGAAGAACGAGAUUCAGACACAGAGAAAGAAGGUCCAGAAAAGAAGAAAACAAAAAAGGAAGCUGGAAAUAAGAAGUCCACGCCAGUUAGCAUUCUUUUUGGUUAUCCACUCUCUGAGCGGAAGCAGAUGGCACUCCUUAUGCAGAUGACAGCAAGAGACAACAGUCCAGAUUCCACACCAAAUCAUCCAUCACAAACGACACCAGCCCAGAAGAAAACUCCCAGUUCCUCAUCUCGACAGAAAGACAAAGUUAAUAAAAGAAAUGAACGUGGUGAAACUCCUUUACACAUGGCAGCUAUUCGAGGCGAUGUGAAACAAGUCAAAGAAUUAAUAAGUUUAGGGGCAAAUGUGAAUGUGAAAGAUUUUGCAGGUUGGACACCAUUGCAUGAAGCUUGCAACGUUGGAUAUUAUGAUGUUGCUAAGAUACUUAUAGCAGCUGGAGCAGAUGUUAACACACAAGGAUUAGAUGAUGACACUCCACUCCAUGAUUCUGCUAGUAGUGGGCACAGAGAUAUAGUCAAACUGUUACUUCGUCAUGGUGGAAAUCCAUUUCAAGCUAAUAAGCACGGGGAGCGCCCAGUGGAUGUAGCAGAGACAGAGGAGUUGGAAUUGCUGCUAAAAAGAGAGGUGCCUUUGUCUGAUGAUGAUGAAAGUUACACAGAUUCUGAAGAGGCUCGGUCUGUAAAUCCUUCCAGUGUUGAUGAAAACAUUGACUCUGAGACAGAGAAAGACUCUCUCAUCUGUGAAAGUAAACAGAUAAUUCCCAGCAAAGCACCUCUUCCAUCUGCUCUUGAUGAAUAUGAGUUCAAAGAUGAUGAUGAUGAAGAAAUAAAUAAAAUGAUUGAUGACAGGCAUAUUCUUAGAAAAGAGCUACGGAAAGAGAAUGAAGGUGAAGUAGAAAAGAAUAGCUUGUUUGCAAAACAGGAGAAAGCUUUCUAUCCUAAAUCAUUUAAAAGUAAAAAACAAAAGCCAUCUAGAGUUUUGUAUUCAAGUUCUGAAAGUUCAGAUGAAGAAAUUCUUCAGAAUAAAAAGGUUUCUGCUCCAUCUUCUGUCCCUGAAACAUCAAAUUCUGAUACACAAACCAAAAAGGAAUAUGGAGUUUCAAAUGAACACAAACAGAAAGGCAAAGUUAAAAGAAAAUUAAAGAAUCAGAACAAAAAUAAAGAGAACCAAGAGCUGAAGCAAGAAAAAGAGGGAAAAGAAAAUACCAGAGUAACAAACUUGACAGUUAAUACUGCACUCGAUUGUUCAGAAAAGACCAGAGAAGAGGGGAAUUUUAGGAAAUCUUUUAGCCCAAAAGAUGAUACUUCGUUACAUUUAUUUCAUAUUUCCACUGGUAAAUCUCCUAAACAUUCUUGUGGACUAAGUGAAAAGCAGUCAACACCACUAAAACAAGAACAUACUAAAACAUGUUUAUCACCAGGAAGUUCUGAAAUGUCAUUACAGCCUGAUCUUAUCCGGUAUGAUAACACAGAAUCUGAAUUCUUGCCAGAAAGUUCAAGUGUAAAAUCUUGUAAGCAUAAGGAAAAAAAUAAACAUCAGAAAGAUUUCCACUUAGAAUUUGGUGAAAAGUCAAAUGCCAAAGUAAAAGAUGAAGAUCAUAGUCCAACAUUUGAAAAUUCAGACUGCACACUAAAAAAAAUGGAUAAAGAGGGUAAAACAUUAAAAAAGCAUAAAUUGAAACACAAAGAAAGGGAAAAAGAAAAGCAUAAAAAAGAAAUUGAAAGUGAAAAGGAAAAAUACAAAAAUAGAGAUAGUGCUAAAGAGCUGCAGCGGAGUGUAGAAUUUGAUAGAGAAUUUUGGAAAGAGAAUUUUUUUAAAAGUGAUGAAACUGAAGAUCUGUUUUUAAAUAUGGAACAUGAGUCCCUAACAUUGGAAAAAAAAUCAAAGUUGGAAAAAAACAUAAAAGAUGAUAAAUCAACCAAGGAAAAGCAUGUUUCAAAAGAGAGGAAUUUUAAAGAAGAACGAGAGAAGAUUAAAAAGGAAAAUGAAAAAUCUUUUAGGGAGGAAAAAAUAAAAGACUUAAAAGAAGAAAGAGAGACUGUACCCAUAGAUAAAGAAACAGAAUUCAGUUCUUUAGGAACAAAUGCCAUUGAAGAAUCUAUAGGGUUACAUUCAAUGGAAAAGGAAAUAGAGAUUGAAAAACAAGAAAAGCAUGUAAAAGAAAGGGAAAAAUCAGAAAAGCGGUUUCAAACUAAAGAAAAGGAUGUUGAAAGAAAAAAUUCUGAAAAAGAGAAGAAGAUCAAACAUGAGCAUAAGUCAGAGAAAGAUAAAUUAGAUCUUAGUGACUGUGUUGACAGAAUAAAAGAAAAAGACAAGCUGUAUUCACAUCACAUAGAGAAAUGCCAUAAAGAAGGUGAAAAGAUGAAAAAUAUUACCACUAUUAAAAAAGCUGACGAUAGAGAGAAAAGUAGAGAAAAGAUGGACAGAAAACAUGACAAAGAAAAACCUGAAAAAGAGAGGCAUCUAGCAGAAAGCAAAGAAAAGCACUUGAUGGAAAAAAAAAACAAACAAUCAGACAACAGUGACUAUACUAAAUCAGAAAAAAGCAAAAAUAAAGAAAAAGACAGGGAGGUAGAUAAAAAGGAAAAAUCUAGAGAUAAAGAAAGUGUAAAUACAACUAACUCCAAACACUUCCAGGAAGAGAAGAAGUCAAGUAUGGCAGACAGUAGUAAAGCACAACAUGAGAAAACUUUAUCCCUUAAAGAAAAAACAAAAGAUGAGCCUUUGAAAACCCCUGAUGGAAAAGAAAAAGAUAAAAAAGACAAAGAUAUAGACAGAUACAAAGAACGAGAUAAGCACAAAGAUAAAAUUCAACUAAAUAGUUUAUUCAAACUAAAAUCCGAAGCAGAUAAACCUAAACUUAAGUCAUCACCAGCAUCAAAAGAUACUCGACCUAAAGAAAAGAGGUUAGUGAAUGAUGAUUUAAUGCAGACAAGUUUUGAACGAAUGCUAAGCCUUAAAGACCUAGAAAUAGAGCAGUGGCACAAAAAACAUAAGGAAAAAAUUAAGCAGAAAGAAAAGGAGCGGUUGAGAAAUCGGAAUUGUUUAGAACUUAAAGUAAAAGAUAAAGAAAAAACAAAGCAUGUACUAGCUGAGUCUAAAAAUAAAGAACUUACUAGGUCAAAGAGUUCAGAGUUGACUGAUGCUUAUACCAAGGAGAAACAGUCUAAAGAUGCUGUAAGUAACAGAUCACAAUCUGUUGAUGCCAAAAAUAUCAUGAAUUUAGGGAAGUCAUCUUUUGUUUCAGAUAAUAUCUUAAACAGAUCUCCUAGAUCAGAAAGUGAAAAACCAGGUCUCAGCUCUAGAUCUGUAUCCAUGAUUUCGGUUGCUAGCUCAGAAGAUUCCUGCCAUACUACAGUGACAACCCCCAGGCCUCCAAUUGAGUAUGACUCUGACUUUAUGUUGGAGGGUUCUGAUUCCCAAAUGUCCUUUUCCCAGUCACCUUUUUUGCCAAUUGCCAAAUCUCCUGCCCUUCAUGAAAGGGAAUUAGAUAGCUUGGCUGAACUGCCAGAGCGGAUUAAGCCACCAUUUACAAGCAGACUUCCAACAUCCCAUCUCCGAUCAUCUUCUGUAGAAGAUGUCAAACUAGUGAUAAAUGAGGGGAGACCAGCUGUAGAAGUUCGAAGGUGUAGCAUGCCAUCAGUCAUUUGUGAACAUACAAAACAAUUCCAAACAGUAUCAGAAGAAAACAAUCAAGGUGGCUUAGCUGUGCCAAGAGAUAUUUGUCCUUCUCCCAAACCUGAGGUGUCCUUAAAUGUGCCUGAAAGAGAACUUUCAAAUAUGUCUAACAUACAUUCCAGUUUUGCAGCGUCUCCAACUAGAUCUGUAAACAGCAAAUAUAUUUCAGCUGAUAUAAAUGUUAUCAAGAGUACUGUUCCAGUGGGCACUUUAAUGGACAGUCCUGUGCAUUUAGAGCCAUCUAAUCAGGUUGGUGUGAUCCAAAAUAAAUCAUGGGAGGUACCUGUUGAUAGUAGACUGGAAUCCUUAAGCACCAGUGACUUUAUCUGCCCAAAUUCUGGUACACCUGAUCAAGAUUCUUCUGUUCAAGGCUUUUGUAAUUCUGAAAACAAAAUACUGAAAGAACAGAACACUGAUUUUUUAUCCCUGCACCAGACUGAACUGCCAGGAAACUCUUGUGCUCAGGAUCCAGCGUCCUUUCUGCCUUCACAACAACCUUGCUCUUUCCACAGCCAAUCACUUUCAGAUGCUGAAUCUAUUUCUAAACAUAUGUCUAUGUCAUAUGUUGCCAAUCAAGAGCCGAGUAUUUUGCAACAGAAAAACGCAGUUCAAAUUAUCAAUUCUGUUUUAGAUACUGACAAUGAAUCUACAAAAGAGGUAGAGAAUACUUUUGUCUUAACAGAUGUUCAAAAGACAGAUGCCUUUGUCCCAUUGUACUCUGAAAGCAGUGUUCAAGAAGCAGCACCAAAUUUUGAAAAGGCUAAUACUUUACCUGUAUUACCAUCAGAAAAAGACUUUAGUGGAAACGAUGCCUCUUCCCAGCUAAAUACACAUUAUGCGUUUGGCAAAUUCAUGUAUAAGUCUUCCAGUGGCCAUGAGGUUGAGAGUAGCACUUCUGAUAUUCAGGUUAUUUCACAUGAGAAGGAAAACAAACUGGAGAGUUUGGUCUUAACUCAUUUGAAUGAUAAAUGUGAUUCUGAUUUGUGUGAAAUGAGUGCCGCGAUCCCAAAAGGGAACCUAAAUGAACAAGAUAAUCCAAAACAUUGUCCUGAAGGUGAAAAGUGUUUGCUUUCCAUUGAAGAUGAAGAAUCACAACAAAGCACUUUAUCAAGUCUGGAAAACCAUUUGCAACAGUCAGCUCAACCAGAGAUGCAUAAAUAUGGUCAAUUAGGUAAAGUAGAAUUAGAAGAAAAUGCUGAAGAUGAUAAGACCGAAAACCAAAUCCCUCAAAGGAUAACUAGAAACAAAGCGAAUACAGUGGCAAAUCAAAGCAAACAGAUUCUUGCUAGCUGUACACUACUAUCAGAAAAAGACAGCGACUCUUCAUCUCCUAGAGGAAGAAUAAGAUUAACUGAAGAAGAUGAUCCUCAAAUUCACCACCCACGGAAAAGGAAAGUAUCCCGUGUACCUCAGCCUGUGCAAGUGAGUCCCUCUUUACUACAAGCAAAAGAGAAAACUCAGCAGUCUCUGGCAGCCAUCGUAGAUUCUCUGAAACUAGAUGAGAUUCAGCCAUACAGUUCAGAGCGAGCAAAUCCAUAUUUCGAAUACUUGCAUAUAAGGAAAAAAAUUGAAGAAAAGCGCAAAUUGUUGUGUAGUGUUAUUCCUCAAGCACCUCAGUAUUAUGAUGAAUAUGUGACAUUUAAUGGCUCAUACCUCCUGGAUGGAAACCCCUUAAGCAAGAUUUGCAUUCCCACAGUAUUUGAAAUCUGCUGUACUUCUAGUACAUCUCAGUUCAACCUAAAUGGGGCUAACAUUUCAAUUACACCACCACCUUCACUGUCAGAUCCACUUAAAGAGCUUUUUCGGCAACAGGAAGUUGUAAGGAUGAAACUACGUUUGCAACACAGUAUUGAAAGGGAAAAACUUAUUGUAUCCAAUGAACAGGAAGUUCUGCGAGUUCAUUACAGAGCUGCAAGAACAUUGGCAAAUCAAACACUGCCAUUUAGCGCGUGCACUGUUUUACUGGAUGCAGAAGUAUACAGUGUCCCACUGGACGCUCAGUCUGAUGACAGUAAAACUUCUGUGAGGGAUCGCUUUAACGCAAGACAGUUCAUGUCUUGGUUGCAAGAUGUGGAUGAUAAAUUUGACAAAUUAAAGACCUGUCUUUUAAUGAGGCAACAACAUGAAGCUGCAGCUUUAAAUGCCGUCCAGAGAUUAGAAUGGCAGCUCAAACUCCAGGAACUUGAUCCUGCCACCUAUAAAUCUCUCAGCAUUUAUGAGAUCCAGGAGUUUUAUGUUCCCCUCGUUGAUGUUAAUGAUGAUUUUGAAUUGACUCCUAUAUAGCAACCGUUACUUCCGGUGGUAUCGUCUUAAACUGAUGCGGCUCAAGAGUCUUAAACUGUGGAACACUGCCUUUGAGAAAAAUACUGCUAUUCUGCCUUUACAGUUGUUGAGUAAAGUUUGACUGAAGUUGGUUAUGUAGUAAACACUGUCAUUUUGUAAACAAUGAAAAGAGAAUUAUUUUGGAUCCAAGGUCCAAACAGUUUCUAACUGAAAUCUAUUAUUUAUAUUGGUGAGAGGUAACUAUUGCAUUAGAGCAUGUUGGCCGACUGAGGGAGAUACUUUAAAAGUUGAGAAUCUGCUAACAGCACCGAAAGUUGUUAGCACUCCUAAGUAACAAGGUAACCACUAGUCUUCAGAUCUCUUUCAAGUUUUAUUAAAAUCUGUCCGUAAACUAAAAGGUUCAGUUCCUACCAAAUAGUUUCUAAUGUGGAAGAAAAACAUGGCACAAAAUUUCUUCAGUUUAUUAUAUCUGUAAAUUAACUGUACAGUUUUCUUUUCAAAAGUUUUAAUAUUGUCUUCCUUUUUAAUAACUUAUUUUAUACAUAUUGUGCAGAUGUAAAUCUUGUAAUUAAUGGUCAGAAUGUAUACAAAGGGAUUGGUAGUCAAAACAUGUACAAAGAAAUAAUUGUAAAACUGUUCUGUCUGAUGUUUUCUUGGACCAAAGUUGUAGUUUGUAUGGAGUGUAGUGGUGUGUUCAUGUAGCAAAACUUUUAAAUAAGGCAUGCAUGUGUUUGAGUUAGCUUGUUUUCAUCACCAUAACUGUAAAGGUUGUGACUUAGUUGUACUGCAUGCUUCCUAUAAUUUAACUCUCUCCAUAAGCGAUGCCUAAAGUAGUGUAGGGUGUUUUCAUGCCAGUCUCCUGGGAUAGUACCUAUGACUCACUAUGUUGGACAUAUUAUUUAGAAUUAGUCAUACAAAGAAACAGCUCUUUUUUCAUCUCACGGUAGAACCUGUUCCCCUCUCCCAAAAUGCCUUUGAAUGAAAAUUCUGAAAUUGUAAAUGUCUAUUUUAAUACUCAAGUAUGAAAGAAUCUGUGAAUAUAUGUAAAUAUGUUUAAUAAAUUUUAUUGGUCAUGUUAAAUCAUUGUAAAACUUUUUUACAUUGCUUAAAUAUAAUGUUUUAAGCUUAAUAACCUUUGCACUUUUAAAAUAAAAACAGUACUCAAAUCAAAAAAAGAGCUACUUGGUAGUCCAAAUAAAUACAAGAAACAGGCAUAUUCCAAUCAAUCUCUGCAGUGUUUAUGAAAAAUUGAUUAAUAUGUUGUAUUUUUUCCUUGUAUCAAGAUGCAAAAUGUAAUUUUCAGAAUUUUAUAAUUAAAAUAAGAUUUGGUAUGAUGUUUUUAAUAAAAUAAUUAGCAAUAUACUUAGGAAAAAGUCCAGUUUCUCCUAUACAGUGAGGUAGAUUAAAUAUUCAGGAAUAUUUCAGAUCUGAAAUCUAAACUACUUAAACAUUUUUGAAAGGAAAAUUAGGUUAUAUGUAAAAGUGAACAUAAGUAUAUGGGAUAAAAUCUACAGAACUUCCCACAGUACUUUCUUGAAUUAUAAACUAAUACUGGAUGUUUUUUAUUCUGGUAGAGAAAAGUAAAAAGCAUAUAUAUGAGGAAUAAAGUGACUUAAACUUAGCAUGCAAGUUGGAAAUCCCAGCUAAUGGGAGAGAAUGUAAAAAUUGAAGUUUUUGAGUGCAAAGGUAUAUAUUAAGCUUAGGGGUUUUUGAAUUUUUACGUCAAUUUAUAUUUUAAUUCAUACUGUACUUGGCAUGCGCAAUAAAGCAGCACGUGUAAAAAGUACACAGUGCAAGGACUUUGUUAUAAAGGUUGGAUGUAGUGUUCUUUAGAAAUUUAGAUGAAAGAUUUGGGCCUUUUUUUAUUGGACAAAUGGGGCCAAGAAAGGCAGGGUAGAUUUUGAAGCACUGGUUUUGUUGAAGUUAAGUUUAUUAAGGCUGGGAACAUGAAAAGCUAAUUUAUAAAAGCAAUACUUUUUAAUAUGAAAAAAUUAAUGCAAAUUUUGUUUAUACUUUUGCCGAAAAAUAAAAAACCAGAUUAUUGAGCAUUGAAGUCAUAGAAAAUAUGAGAGGGAUAAAUGUAUACAGCAUUUUGUUCUGAGGGUCCAACUGGAGAAGGGGGAGAAAAAUCACUCCUUGGCCAAACAGAACAAGCUGCAGAAGAGAAAAAGCAAGAAAGCAGGAAUCUGGCAUAUUUUAGUUGUCCCAGCUUUUUAAGUACUAACUCCAGUUCUCACCCUCUUCAGUGGUGCCUCAAGUUGCUGGAGCCUCUCUGCCAUGAUUCUGCUUCUGCAGAUUUCCUUUGUAAAGUGACUCAAAGCUAAUCGGAUAGCUUAAAAGAAAAGUGAAUGUCUUCUUGGUGGGAAUCUAUACUUAAGUAGUUAAGAGCUUUGAUAUUAAAGAUUUUCUGAAGCUCUGAAAUGCUAGGAAAAAACUUGGAAUGGGGUAUAUACCUAAAAAGAUUUAGGAUUCUGAAAGAGAAAUAAAGGAUGGUUAGUUUAAUCAGUGAUUUUUUUUUUUUAACUAUUCAAAUAUCAUGAACAAGAUACUAAAUUGUACCUAAGGAUUUGUAUUUCUUUAAAUCUUGUUCUAAAUCAUAUCUGUUUAAUAAAUGACUAGUUGAUAUUUGUGCAUGUUAUUUAAUAAAGAGUUAUAUUUUUAUAGAAAAAA